CUGACCGCGCCAUGGCCACCUCCUGCACUCCGAGGAUCGCCGUCCUGCUGCUGCUGCUGCUGGCUGCCGCCACGGCGCGCCCAGAGCACAAGGGCGGCGUCAAGGGCGUGAAAGGCAUCGCGGCUGGCGUCGGACGUCCCUCAGGCAGUGGGUCCCUAUCUGGUGACGGCGCGUGGGUGGGCUCUGGCAGCUCCUCCAAGUCGUCGUCGUCCUCGUGGUCGUCGUCGGGCGGCGGCUCCGGCAGCGCCAGCGGCAGCCAGUCGGGCAGCUCCUCCUUCGGCACUGGAGGCUCAGGCUCUGGCUCCAGCAGCAACGCCGGCUCCUCCUCCUCCGCGGGUUCUCUGGGAGGCGCCGGCGGCUCAGCCUCUGGAAGCCACAGCGGCAGCCACGCCGGAUCUGCGUCCGGGUCAGGUGGCAGCAGCUCUGGGUCUACCUCUGGAUCUACAUCUGGCAAUGUGGGUAGUGGGUCAAGUGGAACAGGAGGUGGACCAGCUGGAGGGUAUGGUGGAAUCACUGGAGUGGGAUCAUCAGGAACAGUAGGCCUUGGAGGUGCCACAGGUGGUGCAGCAGCCACUGGAGGCAGUGCUGGAUCCCAGUCUGGUGGGUCUGGUCAUGGUAGUGCUGGAGCAAGUGGUAUAGGAGGUGGCUCUGGAACAGGAGGAAUAGGGUUUGGUGCCCAUACAGGAGCUGGUGGACAUGGAAAUGUAGCUGGUGGUUCAGGUGGAAGUGGCGCUGGAGGCUUUGGACCUGGAGGAACUGGUUCUGGCAAUGGUGGAUCAGGUACAGGAGGCUAUGGUUCUUCUGGAUCCGGAAAUGUCGGAAGAGGAACUGGACCUGGAGGCAUUGGAGGCAGUGUUGGUGCACCAUCUGGUGGGUUUGGCACAGGUGGAGUUGCUGGUGGCUCAGGGAUAUCUGGAGAGCAUGGUGGUGCAGGUGGCAUUGGAGGUAUUGGUGGAACUGGGUCAACUUCUAGUGGACAUGGAAAUGGAGUAGCUGGUCAUGGGACCCAAACUGGGUCUGCAGGCUUUGGUGCAGGUAGUUCAUCUGGUGGAGCUGCUGGUGGAUCAGGUAUAUCUGGAGGAUAUGGUGGUGUAGGUGGUGCUGGAGGUAUCAGUGGAACUGGGUCAACUUCCAGUGGACAUGGAAGUGGAGCAGCUGGCCAGGGAGCCCAAACUGGGUCUGCUGGCUUUGGUGCAGGUAGCUCAUCUGGUGGUGCUACAGGAGGUUAUGGAGGCACUGGUGGUAUUGCAGGUGGAUCAGGAUCUGGCAGCAUUGGUCAAAGUGGUGCUGGCAGUGCUGGUGCAAGUGGUUCAGGAGGUUUUGGUGCAUCUCAAGGAGGUUACACUGGAACUGGUGGUGCCUUCAGUAAUGGUGGCACAGGAGGUGCUGUGGGACAUGGUGGUCCUGGAGGGGCUGGUCAUAGUGUGGGAACUGGUGGAGCUGGUAGUGCUGGUGGAAGCCAAGGAGGUUACUCUGGAAGCUCUAGUGGGGGCUCCUCUGGAGCUAGUGGCCUGGGUGGAGUAUCUGGUGCUGGUGCUGGCAAUUUAGGACAUGGUGCUGGUGGGGCUGGUGGUUCUCUGGGUCAUAGUGCAGCAGGUAGCCAUGGUGGAAUAGGAAGCUCUGGUGGUGGUGCUGGUAACUUUGGUACUGGUUCCAUUGGAGGAGGUUCUGGAGCUUCUGGGCCUGGUGUGAGUGGUGGUAUAUCUAGUGGAGGUGCUGGAGGUUAUGGCGGAAGUUCUGGUGUUGGAAGUGGUGCUGUUGGUGGAGGCAAUCAUGCUGGAGGUGCUGCUGCUGGCUCUGGGCACGGAGGUCUCGCCACUGGCUCCUCUGGACAAGGUGGCAGUGCUGGCUUAGACUCUGGUUCCUUAGUCGGUGGUGGAGCAGGACAGUCGGGAACUGGCUUUUCGGCGGGAAGUUCGGCUGGAUCCUCCUCUGGAAGCUCUGCUGGCGCUCUUAGUGGCUCUGGCGGCAGCUCUGGAGGCUCAAAAGCCAGUUCCGGCAGCUCUGCAGGCAGCGACGCCAGCGCUGGAUCAGGCUCUGGUGCGUCUUCAGGCAGCAAGGCCAGCUCCAGCGCGAGCUCAGGAAGUGCUACGGGCAGAGAUCCCCAUGCCCGCAAGGGCGUCAAGGGAUACCACGGGAGCCAUCACUGACACGCAACACUGUUUGCAUCUGCACACAGAUAAUCUUGCUGAAUUCUAGUAUGUCGCAGUGUAUGAACAUUGUGUUCUGCCAAAUUGUACAGACAUCUAUCUGUGAUCUAUUAUACUACAUUACAUUUCAACACAAUUUUCUAACUGUUCAGUGUGCCUGGCUCUAAGUUAUCAGAAAAUGUGAAUUUUUUAUUGAAUCAGUUGGGUGUAAGAGUCAAGUAAAUCGUUUAUUUUCACGCAGUGAAUCCAUUUCAUAAUUAAUUAACUUUUGUCAU